AUGUCACAUACAAAUACAAAUGCGCGGUCUCUACGCGAUCAGCUUCAGCAACAACGUCCACAAGUAAAUCAAUACGGAAAUAUAAGCAACUAUCGACAUGACCAGAAACAUGAUAUUCUAUUUCAAUGUAUUAAUUGUGGUAGACAUCAAACAGUAUGCUUAAUUUUCCAACCGAAUGCAACCAAAGAUAUUGUUCCAUCACAAGGUUUCCAGUAUGAUUCUCCGCAAUAUUCACCUCAGACUACUAUUUAUGAAGAAAAUAAAUUUUUACCAACAGCACGACAAGUAUCAACGAUCAGCGAAACACAACAACGAGAAGAAGAAGAAGAAACACCACCAGCAUUACAUCGAUCAAACUAUGCACUAGAUCUUCGUCGUUUAAACGAUGAAAAUAAUUCGAAAAAAGUGAUUGAGAAGAAUAUGAAAGGAUUUGUUGAUGGUUGUGUCCGCUCAAGUCUGAAUGAAAUUUCAUAUGCUAAUACAGAAGGUGAAACAAAAGAUAUCGUCGAAGUUGAGAUCGAAUAUGAUCCAAUAUUAGGUAAUGUUAAAUCAACAAGAAAACGUUCCAGCACAAUAGUUACAAAUCUUGAUAACGAUUAUCGUCCAAUGAAUCAUCGUUAUCAAUCGAAUAACAAUAAUAACAGUAGAUAUCGAACAGCCUCAUCUGAUACCGAACGUGAUAAUAAUACACCUAUAUGGGCAAGACGUCGAGUUUCAAAUUCAACAGUUAAACCUUCAGAUCUUAUUCGAGAAAAUGACAAAAAAGAAAAGUUACAAGCGACUGUACUUCGUCGUUUAUCCCGAGCAGAUCUUGCUGGUGAUAAUGUCGCACCGAAUUCUACAGUAAGACCACAAAUUAGUUCUCAAAAUGCAACAAAGACUAAAGACACAAUUUUACGUUGGUGUCAAGAUCUUACACAAUAUUAUAAAGGUGUCAAUAUUCAAAAUUUUUCAUCAUCAUGGAAUAAUGGUUUAGCAUUUUGUGCUAUUGUUCAUCGAUAUUUUCCCGAUGAAUUUAGUUUUGAUACGUUAAGUGCUGAUGAUCCUCGGCAAAAUUUUGAUUUAGCUUUCACCGUUGCUUAUGAACGUGCUGGCAUAGAACCAUUGAUUGAUACCGAUGAUAUGAUACUCAUGGGUCCUAAGCCAGAUGGGAAAGUUGUUUUUACUUAUGUACAAAGUUUAUAUCGUCAUUUGUCACGUAUACAACCACCGGCAGUUAUGCGUGAGCGUUGGUGA